GUCUUGUUUCUCUUUAUCUAGGUUUAGUGGAAACGGUGAGUGGCUUUGGGGUGGUUGAUAAGGAAAACCAACCAUUCAAAUAAAGAAAACUUUUAAUAAUAGUGUGAUGUGCAUGUUGGUCACAUUCAUUUAGUUCCUGUUUAGGAGAACUAUACCUAUUUUCAUCAGCGAUAUUUAAAGCUUUGGUCUGAACUCUGCACUGGGUGUACAAUGGCAAAACUUAAGGAAUGCAUUCCUUUUGGGCUCAUCUUGGCUGUUCCUUUAAUUGCUUAUGUUACUGCAGAAAAUAUAAGUGUGCCUGUAUAUGGAGCCCUGGGGCACUCUGUGUAUCUGCACUUCAAUAUGACCUUGAACAGCAGUGUUCAUGUGAAAUGGAAGCAGGGAGUCUCACCCAUUGGUGCGUUUAAGGAUAACAAAACAGCCUUCAAUAAUCCUUAUAUAAACAGGACUGAGAUUUUUGCUAAUGGAACCCUCAGACUGGACAGGACUCAGAAAAAUGAUUCAGGAGAUUACUCUGUGGAAGUGUUUAAUACUGAUGGAACUAACAUAUUUAAAGGAAGCAUGCAGGUUUAUAUUCAAGAGGCUGUCUCCCAACCUGAGGUACACUCGACCUGUCUGUCCCAAGGGGAGGUGCUGCUGGUCUGCACAGUGUAUAAAGGGGAUAAUGUUUCAUUUAACUGGAGUUUAGAUGGAGUGCCGCUGAAUCCCAGCCUUGCUUACUUUAGUGAUGAAGAAUAUGUUGUAAUAUUGAAGAAGCAUGUCUCAGGUAAUCUUGUCUGCAUUGCUACAAACCAAGUCAGCACAAACCAGAGCGACUCUGUGAUACCAAACUGCUCAGGUAGGAAAAAUAAACAUGUUAUUUGUCUUGCCUUGCUUUAUAUAGAGCUGCCUUGUUGUUUCUAUAUCAGACACAUCAACAAUUAUUAAGAAAUUAAAAACAGUGUAUAGGUAGUAGACAUUUUAGGACCUUGUUAUUUUUUAAGAAUCAAACACAGUGUGCCUACUUUUGAGAUACAAAACCAUUAAAAGAAAUGUAUACAUAAACAGAUAAUGCUUCAUUAACUGCAGUUUAGAUGGAGUGCUGCUAUAUACCAACCUUGCUUAUUUCAGUGAUAAAGAACACAUUGUAAUAAUGAAGAAAAUGUCACUGGAGUUCUUCUCUGCAUUGCUAAAAACCAAAUCAAUGAAGAGCAGAGUGACUGACUCUGUGAAGUCAAACUGCUCAGGUUCUGAACCCAAGAUGAAUCUGACAUCCACACCCAAUCUAGUAACCCACUUCCAUUGCACCCUGAAGAAUGGGACGGUUAUCAUAUUAUCUGGGGAUAAAGCAGGAGGGGCUUUUCAGUUCUUAAUCAAUAAGAGCAUAAUAAUAACAAACUAUACACAUGGGAUUGCAUUUUGCAGUCUACAAACCUGCUCUUCAAAUUGCUCUGGUAAUUUAACCACAGAGCCUGGUGAUGCCAGUAAUGCAGAGGAUGCCGAUAUUCUUAAAUAUGUCCUUGGUGGAAGUGCUCUUCUUGUGAUCGUCAUGCUUUCAUUUACACUCUUGUGCAUGUGUAAGAAUAAAAAAAGGAAGGAGAAUGCCCAUUCGGUGAUUACACAAAACAGGAGUGAUGAACAGCAAGCUUCCCUAUCCACAAUGAUACCAGAGACUGCAAGCACAGCAAUCCAAGAUGACCAACUUUAUACUCAGGUUAUUAAAAAAGGUGGAAAAAAGAAAUCCAAAUGCAAGCCUAAAGAGGACAGUGAGCUGGUUUAUGCCCAGGUUGUUAUAAAAGAGAAGAAGAAGAAACCUAUUCAUGACGAAUCUGUGGAUUAUGAUGAAGUUAAGGAGAAAGACAAGAAUAAUCAACAACAGGAUGACAGCGUGGUUUAUGCUGCUAUUAACAAACAAAGAAAUAUAUAAUUGAAGGCAUUGUUUGGUACUGUAUUUAUAUAUAUACAUAUAUAUAUAUAUAUAUAUAUAUAUAUAUAUAUAUAUAUAUAUAUAUAUAUAUAUAUAUAUACAGUAUAUAAAUGAACCGUAUUGCGCUACAGGUGUUCUCCAGCAAAAGCAUUAUUCAGAAAGUCUAUAUCAUUAUCCUCAAUUAGGUGCUGCCAAGCGGAAUAAACAUACAUCCAAUUUCUUGCACGUGCAAAGAACAAAUUUAUAGCACACACAAAAUAUUAAUAUAUAAUAAUUUCUUUAUCAUAUUUAUUUUUUAAAAAGGCAUAGCAUUCUUCCGGUUUUGGCACAAAUGUGCAUUCAUCAGAAUAGCACAUCAAACUGGAUUACAUCCCUUUCCUAUAGCAGAGUUCUUCCCUGUAUGUAUUUUAGCACUUUAGAAUUUUAGUGGUUUAAUUAUGAAAUUGUAUUAAUGACCAGAAGCUGAUCAUUUGUGAUUAAUUAUGGAUGAUUGAUAAAUGUUUGUAUAUCACAUUAAUUAAGUUAAUGUGAUAGUUGCGGUUUGAAAAACUGUUUCUGACUUGUUAAUUGGAACUAAUAUAGAACUCCUGAGUGAAUUUGAUCAACUAUCCUAAUGAAGGCACACAUGUGCCGAAACCAUUGUUAACCAUUUGUUAAGUCUGUUUUAAGUUGCUUGGCUUUAAGUUUAGGAGCCUCUAUUCAGUUCUAGUUGACAUAAGCAUUAGCCCUGCUAAUUUUUUUUUGCUUUUUACAUGUAAAGUUUUUCAUCUAAAAUAUGCUAAGCAAUUGCAUUAGGUGUACUAAU